AUGGACUCUGAUGGAUUGCCAAUCGUGGGAUCUGGAAUUGAUUAUUCCAAGGUUGAUCCAUUGCAUCAAAAGCGAACUUUGACAUUCCUCAACCAUUUCUUGAUUCGAACAACAUCAUUUCUCAAUCAUUUUUCUUCCGUCUGUGAUGAAAAAUUAGAAAAUCUUUUAGUCAGGAUACAGAGAUUAGAAGCCUCUAUGUGUAUACUUGAAGCGAAGUUAGCAUCGAUUCCGGGAUUAGAUGAUGUAGCAACAAAUGAAGAAACAAUUGAAAGUUCUGUUAACACUCCUCAGACAGAACAUGAGGCACCAACCUCAUCGGAUGUUCAAUCCUUGCCAAAUGACUCUGCCCCUGUCCAAUCUAUUCCUGCAGAGCCUGUGAAACCAAAGAUGACAGUUUCUCAGGAUCCUAGAUUUGCAAAAUACUUUAAAAUGAUUAGCAUGGGUGUACCUGCUGGUGCUGUUCAAUUAAAAAUGUCUGCCGAAGGUGUAGAUCCAGAUAUGUUAAACAAUCCAGAUGCAGAAGCUCCUCCUGGUGCUCCAGAUCUUGUAUCUGAAGAUGAAAGUGGGCCCUCUGAAGCAAGUGAUUUUAGUGAUUAG